CUCUGCACAACGACUCGAUUUGAUAAUUGGUGACACUGACACCAGGCGGGAAUACCAGGAGUCAGCCGCUUUGUCUUCAUCAGAUGCGGCACGGGAAGAACGCCUCCUAGGUCAGCAGGAACAGCACAGCAGUAGCGAUUCUCGAAGUCGCAGGUCAUCUACGACUUCUAGGGGGUUCUACCGAUCCAUCAGUUAAGGCUCAUCCUAAUGGUCCAUCUUCAGAGAAGUCAUCCUAAAAGAGAGAGGCUUCUUCAAGGACAAAAGAGGAGCACCAGCAUGAUCUGAAGAAUGUAUAAGUAAUCAUCAGUGUAAGUAAUCAUCAACGGAAGGCUCACUUCGCACUAACUUCAUCCUCUUGUCACUCCCUAACUUACCACUAGAUACCCCACUAUGCCCCUAUGUCAGUCUCUUCAUUGCUUUGCCUUUCCUCAAUCAAUCAACCACCUUAGGAAAAGAAAAAUAAAAAAAUGACCUCCCAGCACCUGCAGCGGACCAGCUUGAGACAUUGCAAGAUACAUAAUGACUUUUUUCUCAUGAAGAGAGAGAGUUUCUUGAAUUCUAAGGCCAAUGAAAUUAUUGCGCCGCAACCUCUAAGAAAGUGAGAGCCUGCCUGAAGAGCGCGGGGGACAGGAGCUCCUACUUUUCACAACGGCUUUUCGCGACUUGUGG